UUUAGAUAUUUUUACCCUCUAGGUGCCCUGGAAAUUAUGUUUGUAGACAUUUAUACCCUCAACUUGUCCUAAAAAUACUGGCCUUACGCACUAGAGUAUCUUCCGACGAGAAAUGGCGCCAAAGACGAAGAACAAACCUCCACCGUCUGAUCCUAAUGGGAUAUUCGCUGGAAUGACUGUUUUCUUGAUUGAGACCGGCGUUCAAGCCCGCCGGCUGGAGAUUUGGGAGACAAAAUUGGUGCAGAUGGGGGCCAGAAUCGAGGAGCGGUUUUCGAAGAGGAUUAGCCAUGUUUUCGGCGUGGAUUUAAACUCAGUUCUCCAGAAGGUCGACGUUGAUACGUUGAAGCGUUUCAAAGCAAAAGUCCUAAACUUUCAAUGGCUAGAAGAUAGCUUGAGCAAGGGAGAGAAGGUAGGUGAAGAUGCUUACAUUUUACCAGUGGAGAAUGAGGGAAAUCGUCGAAGCAUAGCCACUGAAGACCAAAAGAAACUUGCCACAGCAAAUAAUGCAAGUAUUGAAGAUCAAUCAUCACCAAAAAAGAUUAAAACCUUUUCAGAAGGGGUUAAAUCUGCAGCAGAUGCCGUCAGUUGUUCAUCAAAAUCGGAUACAGCUGGUAGUUCGCCUCAAUCUCCAAGUUCCUUUAGCCCAGAAAUUACUAGCCGGAAUUCCGAUGGUCAAAAUAGAGAGCAGGUCUCUUUGUCUGAUGCAUCAUUGCUUUAUAGCCCGCCGGAUCUAAACAGGAAUAUAACUGAAAUAUUUGGCAAAUUAAUCGAUAUUUACAGAGCCUUGGGUGAUGAUAGGAGAUCUUUCAGCUAUUACAAAGCUAUCCCAGUUAUUGAAAAAUUACCUUUUAGAAUUGAGAGUGCGGACCAGGUGAAACAUUUACCUGGAAUAGGAAAAUCCCUGCAGGAUCAUAUUCAGGAAAUAGUUAAUACUGGAAAGCUGUCCAAGCUGGAGCACUUCGAGAAGGAUGAAAAGGUACGUGCUAUAAGUUUAUUUGGAGAAGUAUGGGGCAUUGGACCUGCAACAGCGAUGAAACUUUACGAGAAAGGACACCGGACACUGGAUGAUCUGAGGAACGAGGAAACAUUGACGAAUUCCCAAAGAUUGGGCUUGAAGUACUUCGAUGACAUAAAGACUAGAAUUCAACGUCACGAGGCUCAAGAAAUGGAAAGUCUUCUACAAAAAAUCGGUGAAGAGAUUUUACCGGGGGUAGUCAUUGUGUGUGGAGGAUCAUACAGACGAGGAAAGGCUUCUUGUGGGGAUUUGGACAUUGUUAUUACACACAAUGAUGGAGUAAGCCAUAUCGGGUUUCUCGCGAAGUUUGUAAAGCGUCUCAAGGAAAUUAACUUCUUGAGAGAGGAUCUGAUCUAUAGCAUUCACAGUGAGGAGGGUACUGACUCCGGAGUCGAUACAUAUUUUGGUCUAUGCACAUAUCCCGGUCGGGAGCUGCGCCAUCGUAUUGAUCUCAAGGUCUACCCAAGGGACAUCUACGCAUUUGGAUUAAUAGCGUGGACGGGAAACGACGUGCUAAACCGAAGGUUGAGAUUAUUAGCAGAAUCGAAGGGGUUCAGACUCGACGACACUGGUCUUUUCCCCGCCACCCACAGCUCUGGCGGCAAACGGGGAAGCAAAGGCAGUGCAAGUUUGAAAUUCGGUACUGAAAAGGCGGUUUUUGAUUUUCUCGGGUACCCGUGGCUCGAGCCUAACCAACGGAACUUGUGAGUCAAGACGGAAUAAUCUCGACGCAAUCGGGUUACAGAGUCUUGUACAGAAACUAGGUUAACUGCAGACUACAUCAGAAGAAUUCUAGGUAGCAAAUGUAAGCCUAUAUAAGUAUCUUGUUUGUUUUGGCA